AUGUCCUAUCCAGCUCUGACUCCAACUCGACCGGUGCCAGGAACAUUCUUUCAGACUCCGGCAGCAAGCAAUAUUAACAAUGGUCAACUUUUUCAGACAAGGACGCCGUCAGCGCCCGCCGCGCAGGAAUCAACGCCAGCGCCAACCCUUCAGAAAUUGUCGCCGGCAGCUCCAAAAAUAAAGAGCGAGACCUUGAGCACACGGGAGCGCGCUGCGCGGACAAUUAAUGAUACACUUGCACAGGAAGCUCGAUAUCCGGAUUUGGACAGUUAUCUUUCUCAAGGUUUUUCGUCGGACUACGAGAUCCCUGCCCACCCAGCAUGGGCGCCAUUCCACAAGAUAAAAAUGUACAAUAUCCCCGACCAGAUCUUCGAUCAAUACAAUCGUGCACAGGUUUCCACGAGCAUGGGUCUUUUCGCUGAGUUGAAUCACGCUUGGGUUGCCAUUGACAAUGCGCUUUAUCUCUGGGAUUAUACGCAUCCCAAUCCCCAGUUGGUCGGAUACGAGUCUCAACCUAAUAGUAUAAAUGCUGUGAAGCUUGCCAAACCUCGACCCGGCGUUUUCCUUCCGUCUAUUACUCACAUUUUGGUCAUUUCUACGACUGCAGAGAUCAUUUUGCUGGGUAUGGGGUGCGAAACAGUGUCUGGAGGUGCAAAACAAGUGACGUUGUACCAGACUGGGAUGUCCACUUCUAUUCGUGGACUUGAUGUGCAUGUUAUCACUUCGUCAGACACCACGGGAAGGAUUUUCUUCGCUAGUUCAUCCGAUAACGAUGUUUAUGAAUUCAAGUACCAACAAGAAGAGAAGUGGUUUCAAGGACGGUGUUCGAAAGUCAACCAAACCAGCUCACGGAUUACAUCUUUUGCACCAUCAUUAAGCUUCACCCAGAAGCCUACCGAGUCUGUGGAGCAGAUGGUUGUGGAUGACACUCGGAACCUUCUUUAUACGCUUUCCUCGUUAUCUACAAUUAGGGUCUUCCAUCUGAAGCCGGAUGGCUCUUUAGCACUGGCCAUUACCAAACCGGUUAUCGACAUAUAUUCGAACAUCGGACACAUUAUCCCGUCCAAUGAGGCAUUGAACCCUAAAGUGAAGAUUGUCUCCAUCAGUCCCGUGCCAACACCAGAAGCAUCGCGAUACCAUCUCGUAGCCACCACAGCUACUGGCUACCGCAUCUAUCUCAGCGCAACUGGGUCCUACAGCUGGUCACCCACGCCUAGCGGCACUAGUCCUCCCACUAGCAUGCAGGCUCACUUCGUAAAAACUCCUCCUUUCGACACCCCGGCAGCUGUACCUGGCGCAAUGCAAUUCCAGCAGACUGCAACCACAACAAAAGUCCCUAUCCACACCCUCGAUCCCACACGUUUGGCUCAGCAGUUCCCUCCCGGUUACUUCUUCUGCUUCACAUGCAAAGAUCCUUCGCAAAAGGAGGAUACAUUGUUCAUCUCAGCGCCAGAUUCCGGCCGCAUUGCACGUGCUCAUGAAAAUAUUGUUCCUCCUAAGCCUUCAGAGUCGGCAAUAUGGCUUUCUUUGGGUAGCAGAGCGGAAGAUAUUGGUUUGAUCACCACCCCAUUGACAGCUGUUGCCUCGGCCAAUGGAUUUGGAAACGAAUUGGCUAUUCAAUAUGACCAGAGUGCUGCAGAAUUUGCAAUCUUAACCAAUACAGGCGUGCAUAUUAUUCGCAGACGGCGCCUGGUCGACGUUUUUGCGGCGCUUGUACGCCAUGGAGGUAGUGAAGAUGGGUUAGAGGGCGACACCAAGAAUUUCAUCCGUGUCUAUGGACGCAGCGAGGCUCUUGCUACCGCUUUGGCUGUUGCAUGUGGACAGGGAAUGGAAAUCUCAUCUGAUUACCGUCUUACCAAAAUAAACGAUCCAGAUGUGCUGGAAUAUGCACGAAAAGUCUUCAUUGAAUAUGGCGGAAAGCCAUCUAUGAACGAAAACGCCGUUGCAGAUAACGGCACUCCAGCGAUUGACGCCAUUCUCCCAUCUCCUCGUCACGCGGGUAUCGCACUGUACAUGUCAAGGCUGCUUCGCUCGAUUUGGAAGAAGGAGAUUGCAGUUGCUAAACCCUCUAAGAAUGGACUCAAUGUGGCACCUUCAGUGAGUGUUGUCAAGUUGCAUAACAUUCAACGAGACUUGUCUGCUUUGCAGGAAUUCUUCAAGGCAAAUAAGAACUUCAUUGAAGGACUCAGUGGACCGGAAGCACUCUCGCGUGCGGCCACAAAGCAAGAAGAGGUCGCUCUUCAAGCGGAACAUCGUGCUUUACAUUCACUGGUGCAGCUUUUGUCGGAUACUAUUGAGGGCAUUUCAUUCGUUUUGGUUCUCUUCGACGAACGAGUUGAUGAAAUUGUCCUUGCUUUACCUGAUGAUGCUAGGCAGCGAUUUUUGAAACUCACCUUUGAAGAAUUGUUCAGUACCGGAAAAGGUUAUGAGAUUGCCAAGGAGCUUGUGAAGGCCAUUGUCAACCGGAACAUUGCAAAGGGCUCAAACGUGGAAACAGUUGCCGAUGCGUUACGGCGCCGAUGUGGAAAUUUCUGCAGUGCCGAAGAUGUCAUCAUCUUCAAAGCACAAGAACUACUCAAGCGGGCAACCGAAGCAGGUGCAAAUUCGGAGAUAGGAAGGAAUCUUUUGAAUGAGAGUCUACGCUUGUUCAGACAGGUUUCUGAGGAGCUACCAAUGGAUAAUCUCGUAUCUGCCGUGGACAGCUACAUCGCCAACCAAUUCUAUGCAGGCGCUAUUCAACUCUGUCUCAACGUUGCUUCAAACUCUGACAAGGCUAAUUUGGCUCUCAACUGGAUGAUGGAUGGUCGUCAAGAGGAGGACGCACGCAAGAUACACUACGCUUUCCGCAAGCAAUGCUACGACCUUAUCUUCAAGGUUGUCGUCGCAGUAGAUAAGUCUGCGGCUACUGACCCAGGCGUGAUUGAUGGCCAAUAUACGCCGCUCGCUAAACGAAGAAACGAAGCCUACAAUGUCAUUUCCGACUCAAACGAUGAGGUUUUCCUGACUAGUUUGUAUGACUGGUACUUGGAGCAAGGCUGGAGUGAUCGUCUGCUUGCAACACAGUCUCCAUUUGUCGUUACAUAUCUGGAAAGGAAAUCGGUUGACGAUAUCUUCCAUGCUGACUUGCUUUGGCGCUACUACGCCCAGUCCGAGCGGUAUUUUGACGCAGCCAGGGUUCAGUUUCAACUUGCGCAGAGUGCAUUCACUUUGCCUCUAAGUCGACGCAUUGAAUAUCUCGGUCAGGCUCGCGCCAAUGCUUCGACUUUUACCCCUGAAAUUGGCAGACAAUCAAGACAAAGGCUCUUGCAAGAAAUUGGCAAUCUCAUGGAUGUUGCCAAUAUUCAAGAUGAUUUGUUGCAACGCCUGAAAGAGGAUGAGCGGCUAAACAAGGAAAGCAAGGAUUCGGUCUUGAAGGAGAUUGAUGGACCUAUUCAAGAUCUCACAUUGCUCUUCAAUAGAUACGCAGAUGCCGGCGGCUACUGCGAUAUUUGCCUACAGAUCUACUAUGCAGCCGAUCACCGAAACAUGACCGAUAUUCUAUCAACAUGGGAGAACCUCAUAGAACUAACCCACGAACAAACGGUCGCCAAAGGCCUAGCCCAGCCCUACGAAGCAGUCAUCGAGAAAAUUCGAUCCCUAGGAAGCCGCCUUCGCAUGUCCGAAAUCGUAUUCCCAGUCCCCAGCAUCCUCCCCAUGGUCGAACGCUACUCCCUGCAACACCAGCGCAACGUUGGGCCCCCAACAUGGGUCGUCGACCUCUUCCUUGACCUCGAAGUGGCUCACGAAACAAUCUACACCACCCUCGAAAACAUGUUCUACAACGACGAAGCGCCCUUCACAGGCUCAAAUAAGAAAUACAUUGCUACGGAUUUGUUGUACAUUAUCCAGCGAUGGUUCAGCGAUACGCUACGUGUUGGCGGAGCCAUGUUUGGGAGCGAUGUCAUGGCAACGAGGAUUUCGGAGAUGUUGGUGCUGGUGCAGCAGAAUGGGUUACCGGGUGAAUAUGUUCAGGUGGCGCAAGAGUUGAGGGUGCAAAUAGAUAACAGCAUUCGAUGA